AGCGUCUUCGUCCUCGCUCCCUCCCCAUUCGCUUCCCCCCCUUCGCUUCCUUCGAGAAAAAGUAGACGGACGUCUGUCCCUGGCCGGAUGCCCGCCGUUGGCCGGAUGGUUGCCGUCUCCUUCGCGGACGGCGACCGCUCUUAGGCCUCUGACCCGCCCAUCUUCGUGCCCGCUGGUUCCACAUCUCCUCCAUCUCUUGUCAACCAUCCGGAUGGGAACAAAUCACUCCGCCUCCGAAAGGAGGACAUCUGCGCCGGCUAGUUAGAUUCCGUACCGCCCGCUUUCGUCUGCUUGGAGCCUGGUUCGAUUUUGGUACGGCCCUCAUCAAGAUAUGGCGACCAGACUAGGCCCUGACCAUGAAAUCUCAUGGCACACCCGCCUCUUCGUUAGGAGGCAUAUCGUUCCAGCCGGGCGUCGUGCACUGCGUCCAGAAACAUGCGUCUUCAAUGCGGUGCCCGCUUGUGCAGAAAUGGACGCCAAAAGAGCAGCUGCAUUGAAGGGCCUGCCAUGCAAUCUCCGCAUCAACGAUAAUCGUCUGGUCGACCAGUAUGAGUUUAUUGCUGAUCGCAUACCAAAUGACAGAUUGGAUAGGGCGGCCACGGCUAUCCGGAUCCUAAUGGAGGAUGGAGUGCCGGCUACACAAGGUUCUGCCGACCAUGAAGAGAUGCUAUUCAAAAUCGAAGGAUUUACCUCCUAUGGCGACCAACUGAUUGUCGAGGAGGCCAUGCUGCUGAUUCUGAAUGGACAACCUUUUGUUGGGGAGUUCAUGAUUUGUGACAACUACCUUGAGCUUCAACCCGGUGAGAUCUACAAAUUUGAUCCGGUUAACCUGAUCUACGGCCCUCCUCGAGGACACAUGGUCUUGUUUGUGGGGUACGGGGUAAGAAAUGGUGAGUUCUAUCUGGUAUUUCUUGAUUCCAAUGGCGAAGGAUUUUGCGAGGAUGGCUUUGGACGUGUCAGCUUUGGUGACGUCUACAACAUCUUUAGCAUUCACACGUAGUGUAGGCAGCUCUCCCAAGCCGGUAUGAAGAGAGGAGUAGGAUCUGAUGAGGAACACAAAUUUAGACCCAAGACUUUUUUUGUUUGUUUAUUUAGGAUGAGUACUUGUAACCAUGUCCGUCCUGUGUCGGAUUUUGCUUGCGCAAGUGUGUUUUAUGAUAUUUAAGAGGCUGUCGCACCUUAUAUUUUAGACGAUCAAGCUAACUGCAAAUUUUGCAGUCAGUCAAAUUGCAAACCUGUAAUCAAGAUAUCUUGGCAUGAUAACAUGUGAUUGCUCUAGCUAGCUUGAUGCAUGUAGGAUGAA